UCUGCGUCUCUCACUCUUACCAUCUUCGCCUUCUACAACUGACCACCCGCGAAGCUGAAAACCAGGGUGGGGGCUCUGCUCUGCGGAAGAAACCCUAGGAUCAGGAAUCCAUGGAAGCGGACACGAAGCUGAGCAUAUACAGAGCGGCGAGGAGCAUAAAACGGAAGGACAACAGCCUCUACAACGCUCUCCGCUCGAUUUACGAGGACUCCAUCUUCGUCGGCGAGAUCUCCCAGCUAUGGCCGGACCUUCCUCUCCUCGCUAAUCUCCGGUGCGGCCUCUGGUAUUCCUCCAAGUUCCACUCCACCUGUUACUUCAAAUCCACCGACGGCCACACCAAUAACUUGUCCUUCAACACCUCUCGCCUCAAUCUCCACGUCGCUCAACUCGCCGGACAGAAGGGAGGGUGUGUGAUAGUGGAUUCGACACGGAAAGGGAAGAGGUUUCCUGAUAGCAUGUCGAAAACUAUACCCAUUUGGACGUGUGUUCUGAAUCGCGCUAUUCGCAACCAUUUGAGCAAAACUAAUGAUGUUUCUCCGUUGAACGAGGGGGAAACAAGACAGGUCUCUGUUGAUUGGGAUUGUUACUUGCACCUUCCCCUGUGGGUUUCCAAAACAGAGAGAGAUAAAGUUGAAAAUCGGUUAGAGGAAUGGACCCAACAGUUGGAUGCAAGUGGAGCUGAUAUUGCCUCUCUCGCAGCAUGCUUGAAAAAGCCGUUGCGCCCUCUAUGGAUAUCGCAGAAAACUGUCAUCUGGUUAAAUGAAGUACCUGACCACGAUUCUUGGGAUUUCACGCCCAUUAUACUUGUUUCUGCCUCUUCGACUGGCUUCACUCAGAUCAGGACUACCUCAGAACAUAGUUGGAAUUACAUAGCAGGUGCUGGAGAUGAUGAAGAAAGUUGGGCGAGGGGUUUAUCACCUAACUUGUUUUGGAAUAACGCCCAUGAUAUCAUAGAAUCAGGCCCUGAUUUAUGUAAUCAAAAGGUAGCUGAAAUAUUAGAGAAGGAUAGAGUAUAUCGUGCUCAAAGAGGACAAAAUGCUCCUCAAGUUAUUGUCAAGCCCACGAAAUUGGCAGACGGCUCAGCUCAUCUUUUACACAAGCAAUCACCUUUUUGUUUAGGUAUCACAAAGAUGGAAAAUGUUCCAAACUCCCAUGAUGAGCAUUGUGCAAUAUCUUGGCUGGGAUCAACUAAUCUCGCCGUAGGCACAUCCGAAGCUGCCGCAAAUCUGUCAAAUGUCGAUUGCAUACUAAAUUGUGAUAAGGAAUCUAUCACUGUCUCUCGUCCACAUACUGAAGCAUAUUUGCAUCUUCCUGUGCUGACAUCAAAAUUCGAUCGCUUUUCCUUGUUGAAUAAUCUCCCUUCUGCAGUAAAUUUUGCAAAGUUGAAUCUAAGCAAAGGAAAGAGACUUCUAAUUUGUUGCCAUAAUGGGGAAGAUAUCAGCAUAUGUGUCUGUUUGGCGAUCUUGAUAUCACUAUUUGAUGAUGGAGGAACCUUCGAUGGAGGAAAGUUCUUCAGCGAGACUUCCGUUACUAAAUUGGAAAUGCGAAGAAGAUUGGUACUCAUCUGCAGGUUUGCAGUGAAUGCUCGGCCAUCUAGAGGAAAUCUCAAGCAGGUUUUCAGUUUUCUUAGUGGUGGAAGAGUUAAUUCAGACGGAAAACGACACGCUCCACAUUCCGGGGAUACAAGUGGAGAAAAUUCACCAGAACCACUCAUGAGCUUGCUGAGUUAGUUGCUCGACAUAAAUCACGAGCUUUCUACUUUUGGAAAUCUUUCUUAUUAAAGCCUUUUGCUUAACUUGGACGGUGGUUCAACUUUUAAUUAAUGUUAUCUUUAUCCGUAUCCCUGUUAGUGGAGUAUUUUUAUAUUCUCACUUGGUUAGUUGGUUGUUGCAUGUAGGCCAGGUAAAGUAGUUUGGUCCAAGGCAAAAUGGACCUUGAUGGGAAAUUUUUUCUUUUCCCUCAGUAAGAGAGGGAAUUUGAAAUCCAGCUGUUAUCACAUGUUGUAUGGUUGGUUUACAUAUAUAUAUAUAUAUAUUUAUACACACACAUAUACAUAUAGUUAUACAUAUAAAGUGGGCAUUUGUGCUUCAUGCUUUGAUAAAUAUAUAAGUUUCAA